AUGGGUCUGUUCAAAUCCAAAGGUGCAUCGGCCGGCGGCGAUGCUCCGCCAUACGAGAGGGAUGCCAAGGAGGAUGUGUAUGUCACUGCUACACCCGCCAAUGAUGGCGACAAUGGCUCAUUGAACGAAGACGAUGCAGCUCUGCAAGCCACGACGGGCUACAAGAGCGAUUUCAAACGCGAAUUCAAAAGCUUGUCCACCAUCUCCUUUGCCUUUUCCAUCAUGGUGCGUUGAAUGGCGCGCGCGCGCUUGAUGUAUGCUGACGUUUGGAUGAUGCGCAUACACUGGCCACAGGGUCUCAUAUCCUCCGUAGCGACCACUUUCAACCUGCCCUUCUUGUCGGGAGGACCAGCCAGCACCGUGUUCGCAUGGAUGCUCGGGGCGAUCAUGAACCUCACUCUGGGCGCAGCAAUCGGAGAACUCGUGUCCGCUUACCCAUCAGCAGGCGGUCUCUACUCUGCCUCUGGCCUCGUCGUGCCCAGGCGGUACAGAGCCAUCACUGCUUGGUUCACUGGCUGGCUCAAUUUCACCGGUCAAAUCGCUGGUAUUGCUGGAACCGAGUAUGGAUUGGCACAAAUGAUCUUUGCCUGGGCUUACGUCUUGACCGGUUACUCUGCCAGCGUGGGCGCCACUGUGAGUACAUGCUGCACAACCCUCGCAAUGUCGACACGCUCCCAUCGGAGCUUGGCGACAUUGGCCAUCUGACACGCUCGGCUUCGGUUCUGCGCUCUUCCCUGCUUCCUCCCCCCACACCAGUAUGGCUUAUAUGCCGCUCUCCUCAUCCUCCACGGCAUCCUCAACUGCUUCCCAACCGGCUGGCUGGCCAGGUUCACUUCUUCCUACGUCUUCAUCAACCUCGGCAUGACCGUCAUCACUGGUGUUCUGGUCCUCGCUCGCACGCCAGCUGCGGAGAUGCACACUGGCUCUUACGUCUUUGGCGAGAUUAGGGAUGGCACUGGUUACGGUAGCAACGCUUUCGCCUUCCUGGUCGGAUUGACCUGCGUCCAAUUCGUCAUGACGGACUAUGAUGUGAGUCGGCGAGAUUGCGCAGCAAACAGUGGGCCUUGCAGCAUGCUGAUUAGCACCGCACCCGCGCCCGCUCAGGCUACUGCACACAUUUCUGAAGAGGUCGAGAGAGCAGCUAUUGCCGCUCCUGUCGCCAUCUUUGUGGCCGUAGCGGGAACGGGUCUCUUUGGAUUCUUCCUCAACGUCGCCAUGGUGUUUGCAAGCGGCGACGUAGCAUCUCAAGAUCUCAGCACCUUUCCCGGAGAGCUCGCUUUCGCGCAGAUCGUCUUUCUCAGAGGAGGCAGAGUGGCCUUCCUGGUCAUUUGGCCCUUCAUCUGCAGCGUCGCCUUCUUUGUGGUCCAGACCGCUACGCAAGCCAAUGCCAGGUCUUUCUACGCCUUUUCUCGGGACGGAGGUUUGCCCAGAAUCUUCUCCAAGGUUAUUCGCGGCUCUACCGUGCCCGCCGUCAUCCUCGUCGUGGUGGCAUGCGCAGCGCUCGGCUUGCUCAGCUUCGCAUCCUACGCAGCUGUAGCCGCCAUCUUCUCCCUCGCUGCGCUGGGGAUGGAUUUGUCCUACAUGGUUCCCAUCCUGUGCGCCAUGAUCUUCAGAAGACAUCCGGAUGUCAACUUCAAGCCCGGACCCUUUUGGAUGGGUUGGGGAUGGUUCGGCACGACUAUUCGGAUCAUCGCUUGCAUCUGGACGGUCUUUGAGUGCGUCGUCCUUGUCAUACCCACCGUCAGCCCGCUCACGGCGCAGAACAUGAACUACUCUUGGGUCGUCAUGGUCGGAGUCCUCUUGCUGGCGGCUGCUGCUUAGUGAGUGCAUGCAGAAUCGACCUUUGACGACCCGCUCACUCAUGCUCACGCCUCGUAUCCAUGUCUUCCAGCCCAUUCACCAACUAUCAGGGACCUCGCGAAGGCUCUCUGCAGCAGGAGAGCGCCAAGCGUGCUGUGGAGCAGCAGCACUGA